UACCGUACUUCACACAAAGCACUCGAAACUUGUCGAAAUUAUGACGGACAAAAGCAACAGUGCCAGGGAUUCAUUUCAAAAUACAUGCUCACGAGGCAGUAUUUCAGAAGCAGUGUGGCCAUGUGGAGAUUUAGGUCACGAGAAGCAUGAUACCGCUGAAAAGAAAAAGUUCCCUCAGGAUAUGCCAGCUACAAGCUAUGGGAUGGGAGAGGGAAAGAGCAAUGAAGGUGAAUUUGAUUACCAAAAAGAAAUGCAGGGCUUAGAAAAGCUUUCAGCUGAGCUGGACUCUGUCAGACAACAAGUUAUGGCUGACAUCUUGCGUUGCCAACUCUUGCAAGUGGACCUGGCUACCCAGUUCAACCCAGGACUAGUCCAGCAGCUGAGAUCCACCAAACUCUCCUGUGAGAAAUGCGAGAGUACCCUUGAUGACUCGUUUGAAGCAGACGUAAAUCAAUGAAAGGAAAAUGUUGAUUACAAAGUGGGUGAUUUCAAAUUUGUUGUUGAUGCUCGCCUUGAUGUUGGAAGCAGAAUUCAAUUUGCCAUAUGUCCUGUGAGUUUAUGAAAACGAUUCAAGUCAUAUUGUUUUUAGCUCCACAUAUAGUGAAAUAUGUCGAAUGGCCAGCUCCAAUUUCAGUUUGGGUGCUGUGCUGGAUCUCAGUAUUGACCUUAACACCAACACCAAAGGAUCGAUAUCAAACUUACAAUCAAUGUUGAUAAAAUUGUGUCACAUAAUUCAAGUGUACUUCAAAAACAGGUGUAUGUAUUGUACCUUAGUAUAUUCUGUUAAUAUAUGUAUAUACAUUUACAUAAAUUAUUCAUUUUUAUACAAUUCAAGUUAUGGUGUGUGAAGCAGAGUUCAGGUUAUAAUUUUCAUGCAGCAAAAAAAAAAAGUAUUGACUAAUACCGUGUUAUUUUAGUGUGUUAGUCUUCUUUGAUUUUUUGUGUACCUCCAACACAAUUGUAUUUUUUCCUUCCCCCCCCCCUUUAUGCAUGCUUUCAGAAUGCUUUUCAUAAUGCUUUUCAUGUAUUUGCCUUUGCCAAUACAAAAGUGUUUAUGUUGUACAUAAGCAGAAACUAAAAUACCAUGAUCAGGGUCUUUAUUCAAGCAUUUAAAGUAUUAAUGAUGCCCCCUUUGUUUUGUACACAUGUACAUGUAUAAUUUAUUUGGUAAUUAUGUGCAAGAUUAGGAGAGUAAAGAUACUGACCCCUAUUCUGAAGUCUGGUUUAACUUGGACCGUGGUUCAACUCCAUGCUAAAAUUAUGGGAAGCCAAAAGUGUCAAAAGUUUGAUUACGUUAUUGAAUGUUUCUUAUGUUAACUGUGCUCUAUCCUGAUCCUUCAAUGUUGAAGACAAUUAUCUUAUUUGUACUUCCUAGACAAUUGAGAUUUGAGCGUCAAAUGAGCUGAAAUAUUAUAUCUCUACUACAUGUAUUAGUGAUUUAUGACACAAUUGGCUAUCCAUACUUCAACCACAACUUUAAAUCUGAAUUUAAAUUAAACUCGACUUCAGAAUACAGGCCACUGAUUUUGUUUCCUGCUGAAAGAAUAAAAAAAGACCUUGCCCUUGAAUCUUGACCCAUAGAGGCAUACAGCUUUGGUACAAAUGAGAUUACGGUACUGUUCUCUUGUUCCUCAAAUUGGCAGUAAUCUCAGAUAAUUCCCUAUUCAUUGAAUAUAGGUAACAGUAAAAUUUUUGGCUAUAACAAAAUAAUUGCCAAUUUGAAUUUUAAAGGGAUUUUGUUGUUUUCUGCACAUUGCCAAUUUAGUGAUGUUUGUUCUUUUAAAACAGAUAUGUGUAUUUAUUCUACUUUUCUAACUAAAAUGAAAUUUGUACAUACAAUGUACUUUUAAAUCGUCUAUAGCAGGAGUGAAGAUAGAAAUUAUAGCAGACAAAAUUGGUGUAUAUUUCACCACCUUGAUUGCAUUUCAUUUAAAAUUAAAUCAUUCUUAUUGUA